UUCGAAAUGUGAUUAUAAAGUUGUUUAGCAUAAAAAUGUUUUUCUUUUAAUUCAGUAGUAUAAAUUGUAUAGUGUUAUUACCUAAUAUUUGUCCAAAUUAAAAGUGAAUAGUAAAGUUUUCAAGAUGAAACCAAAAAAGCCUAUGGUUCAAAAUCAGGUAACGGUGCUUAAAUGCUUGGCUGAUGCAUAUCGUAUUCCAGAUCGUAAGCAAUUGUGUGUAAAGAAAACCAAAAAUCCAGCCAUUGUUGACACCAGAUAUUAUGGCAACUUGGGAACUCAUGAAGAUUAUACUAAAACAAAGGCAGUAAAUAUCACAAAAUUGCAAAACCAAAAGAAGUUGUCAUUGUCUGAUUCCAGCGCAGGGACUACAUCAACUCACACCAGCUCAAGAGUCAAUACACCUAAUUCUGCGGGCGGCAGUGCGAUAAACUAUCAUAACAACAUUAGGAGUGAUAGACGUGUUAAACGGGCUGGAAAUGAAGUACUUAAGAGAUGUAAGCUAUCGAAACUUAUGGCUGGUAACUGCGAAAACUGUGGUGCCUUUAAUAAUAUGUACGUCACUAAAACGAACAGUAUACUUAUGCAAGUCACCAAACAUCGUAAGCUGCUGUCGUGCCCUCCGGCAAUUUAUCCACCAAGAAGCAAAACUUACAAGCGCCCAGUUAUUUUCCCAAACCAGGUUUACAAAGCAGUUCCAGCAUAUGCUUCACAGGCUCCACCAGUACGUAAACAACCCGCAAAACUUGCACACAAUGAGCGCGGUAAUUUUCGUUACAAUGACAGACCCGCAAUACCAAUGUGGGCAUGUCAUAGUAACACGAAAAUAAUCGCGUCCAAGCAUAUUUUACGGUUACCUCAGAAACAGAAGAAACGCAGUCCUGUAGUGAAGAAGCGAAAGAAAAAGCGUGCUUCUCAGUAUGCUUCUUCAACUGCAAGUACAAUAAAAUUUAAAUAUAUAUCUAAGGAUGCAACGGAGGCUGAUGUUUUCAUCAAGGAAUUCAAAAAGAAAUUGCGUGAAGCGAAAAUGAGGAAUCGUCCACCUAAAGUUGUACAUGAAAAUAAGCUACGUCCAUUGAUCUACCAUACCGCCGGACCUCCUGUUUAUGUCUGGAGCUAUGGGGAUAUAAUACGAAAAAUGAAAUAAACAAAUGUCUCGAGUUUUAACUUCAGUUUUUUAGGGCCAUGUGGAUUUAAGCUCAGCUCGGAUGACUUUUGUUGCCUUUCAUUAAGGAGUGUUGCUCUUUGAACAUGUAGUCUAGAUAAAUAAAUUUUUUGUAAGAACUUUUGUAUAAUAUCCAAAAAACCAGAUUUAAUAAAAACAAAAUAGCCA